GUAGUACAGCUGGCUGAACAACUUGAAUUGUUCAGUAAAAGCACACUGCUGUAUGGAUUGGUUAAUUACUCAUUUAAGGUGGGGAAAAAAAGAGGAAAGUGAGAAUUAUAAUGCUUCUUACUUCAAACCCAACCGGUGAAAUUCUCUCGCCAGGCUUACAUACAAUGGGGUUUGUACUGGAGCGGAUACGUCGUUUUUUUUCAGCGUAAUGCGCAUGGAAUUGUUACCGUUUAAACUACGCAUAUCUACUGGUUUGCAUGAUGAAGCGAGAGGGCCUUGACUUGUCGUACAGGUGUUACUUUGUAGUCGGUUACUGGAAUAAAGAUGACGUCCUUUUGUUAAGUUCUUGCGAAUUGGCUCCCGUUGACUUGCCGUUGUAGACAGCGACCCCUACAGGCCAUCGGAGGCGCCACGGUUGUGUUUGUGAGGAUUUGCCCCUACAUGUCGUGCUGCGCUGUAGGAUUUGCCCAGGCAUGUAGGAGCCUCGCGCGGAGACGUGACCGCGCAGCGGCGCGAGUCCUGCCCACUGAGGGGAAUUUAAAUAGCCGCGCGCACGUUCCGUCUCGAGAUCUCAGACCUCGGCUCUCCCGGCGACGCGGGCUCGAAGUGAGCGUCACGUCACGUCGCACAAUCAUGUGUAGGAUCAUGCCGAUUGAGAAGCGAGUCCUGGCGGCACUGAGGAGCGGCUCGACCCGGCGGAUUCUCUUCGGUCCCGUGGACCACGAGGGCCUGCGGAGAGAUCACCAGAAGCUUUUGCGGGAUGACCUGGAGGAUGCCUCGCGCCGGUGGGGUUUUGACUUCCUGACAGAUACACCCAUCGAGGGCAGUGAUUUCCAGUGGGAGAGCGUCCCUGUAGCCAAAGUGCCAGUGCUGUACCGUCCUUCCACGGUCAGUGUGGGUGAGCCGCAGAGGCUGGGGGCAGCACCGAAGCCGGCGGUGGAAAGUGUCCAGAGGAGCCGGGAGACUGUCUCAUGUAUUUCUGAGAGCUGCAACAUCCUGUCCCAGAAUGUGGAGAGCGUACCAGAGGUGAAACAGGGUCACGCAGUGAAGAGGAAGCAGACCAACAUUACAGAUUUCUAUCAGGCUAAGAGGAGAGCAGUGAGCACGCCCAGGAAAUCGGGCCAGUGAGAAGAGCGGGGGUUUGCAAAGGGCCCACGGAGCACCAUAGCAACGCCAUGGUGAUACAGCUGCCCCUACCAGGCCCCUCCUCUCGACCCCAGGGCAGGCACCCACACACACCUCUCCAGGAUGGUGUGAAUUGGUGUUUGUGUUCUAAUGGAAAGGAGACCAGCCUUUUUCUGCUGCUUCAUUUGGACACUGGAUGGAGUUCCUUCCCUCGUGUUUGCUAUUGGACCCAGACUUUGAGUGGCUCGUUUAAUGAAUUAUCUGGAGUUAGGUUCCAACCAUGAUACAGGAGGACUACAGCUAUGUUGAUUUGCUUUUUGAACCUGAUGGAAGCUGGCCCUUGUUUCUCAGCUUACGAGUGCUCCAUCAGCAGUGGAUUCAUGUUUAAGUGAAAUUUAGGGUAAAUACCAUUUACAGCCUUUAUUCAUAUGCCUUAUAUGAUGCCUCUGCUGCUAAGUGACUUCAGUAUGACUACAGCAGAGCAUGGACUUUGUUCUCAGCUUUUUGAUAAUCAGUCUCAAGCUUCACUUUCGGAGCUUUCGUUGACAAGACCAUGUAAUUAUUUGAUACUUAGAAGAAACACUUUAUUAAUUAAACAGUUACAAAAUAUAAUUCAAACAGUUACACCGUAUGAAUAUGUUGUACAGAAAGGAAUUUUAGUUUUUCUGCUCAAGUGAUUGCUAAAUACAGAUAUGGAAUUAAUUUAGUAAUUGCUAAAUAAGUAGUUUAAAAUAUGGGCUCCACUGAACUCCUUAGUGAUCCAAGGACUGAAAUUCAUGCAGAGAAAGAAGCUGAGUAAAAGUAAGAAAAGUUUUUUGUCACAUUAUUUGAAAACCUGUACGUCAAAGAAUGGCGGGAUCAUCCGUUGCAAAUAUGAGCCCCAGGAACUUCAUUCCAAAAUCGGUAGAGACUCCUCUUUUUUCCAAAGGUGGAAUCUCAUUUUGGACUGCUUUUAAAGUUAAUUUUUAGGCAGUUUUUACUUCACAGGCCUUUGUUUGUCCAUGUGUUUGUUUAGAAAACACAUCUCAGUGAUUCAUUAUGUGGAAACAUCCUGCUACUGCUUCUUGUGCAGUGUAGACACACAUGUCCUUUUAUCUGUCCAGUCCCGUGUAACGAUGGAUAUUUUCACACCUGUACUGACAUUCACAGAGACCUCCAUUCAAAAGCCUCUGUGGUGUUGCUGUGUUAUGCAGGUCAAGGAAAUGAGAAAUAGAGCGUAAUGGUUUGAUAGAGUGCAGGGAUCAUCUGCAGGAAUGCAGGAACUUUUUGGAUGUAUCUCGCUGGUCAAUUGGCACUUCAACUUUUUUUUUUUUUUUUUUUUUUUGAUACCUCAAAAGUACAAGAGCGAUAUUUUAAGCUCUGGAGUCCUUGCUGCUAACAUUGGUUAAGGGAUUUCACAAGCUUUUGUUAUUAAAGAUUAAUCAAAGCUUAUAGAUACUUGCAGCAUUGCACAUAACUUAAAUAUAAUUAACUAAAUGGAUGUACAGUCAAUUAAAGCCAUAUAUUGAGUAAUUGGCUGAGUCCCAGAUAUUUAUGUACUGUUUAAAUAUCGUAAGCAAAUAAGGCAUACAUACUCUGUAGCAGCUCAAUAUUAACUAGUUUUAACUAAGUAUUUAAACAGUUGUUAGUGCAAAUUCUUUUGGCAUGGAUAAAAUCACCAUAAAAGAUUAGGUUAGACAGGGUUAGAAUGCAUAAGACCUGGUUAGAAUGCCAAGAAAAUACUAUUUCUCCCACAAUGCACUUGCACGCACCUUUUUGCCAAAUUCUUUAAAGUGCACAUGUUGUAUGCGAUACUUUAAAAAG